AUGGCCCAAAGCGACACAGUGCAGGCCGACGCGCGCCGCUUCCUCGACGAGCGCGGUUCAACGGCGGCCCUCGCCCCCAACGGCCUCAACCCAGCGACUAUUAUGGAAAAGGCGGUCAAGGACCGCAUCGUUGAGUCCUACUUCUACAUGGAGCAGUGCUUCGCCCUCAACGAGGCCGACAUUAUCGACCGCGUCGUCGAGCACGUCCGCUUCGUUGGCGGCACCCACGGCGACGCCCAGAAGCCCAGCCCCUUCCUGUGCCUUGCCUUCAAGCUCCUCGAGCUGGCGCCCAGUGAGGCUAUCCUGCGCGAGUACCUGUCCUACGGCGGCGAGCACUUCAAGUACCUCCGCGCCCUGGCCUGCUUCUACUACCGCCUCACGCGCAGGGCCGCCGACGUGCACCGCACGCUGGAGCCCUUCCUCGCCGACAGGCGCAAGCUCCGGCGCAAGGGGAGGCGCGGCACCACCCUGACCUACGUCGAUGAAUUUGUCGACGAGCUGCUGACCGGGGAGAGGGUUUGCGCCACGAGCCUGUGGAAGAUGCCUGGCCGGGAUGUCCUCGAGGACCUGGACGAGCUGGAGCCGAGGGUCAGCGCCAUGGGCGACUUGGAGGACAUUUUGGACGGCGACGACGACAGUCAGGUCCACGACGAGGGGGCCGAGGCCGCCUUGAGCUGA